AUGCCAGCCAGCGAUCCCAGUGAGUUUGUUGCCGAUGCCCUUAACGACUUUUUCGGUCAACUCUACACCUUCUUCGACACGAUAUUCCGCCGAUUCUUCGGAAAUCUGUACGCCUCGUUCGCAGACGUGUCAGUCAACCGAUGGACGAAGGUCAUACUCUCCGUGACAGGAUACAUCAUCAUUCGGCCGUACAUUGAAAAAUUCUUCGCCAAGAUGCAGGAGCGAGACCGCAAGAAGGCGGAGGAGAAGAAAUGGGCGCAAGCCGAGGCUACCGGAGCAAGCGGUGAUAAGAAAGCCAAGGUCUCUGCGAAUUCGCUACGGGCUGGCGGAAAGGUACUUGGGGAGGUCGAAAAUACGGACGACGAGCUCGACGAUGGUGAAGAUUUUGCGACUGCUAGUGGGGUACCGGAGUUGGGGAAGAAUGCUCGGAAGCGCCUGAAAAAGAACAUGAAGAAAGAGGCCGGCCAGCGCACGCACAAUCUUUCCGAUGAGCAGCUGAUGGAGCUGUUGGAUUGGAGUGAGUCUGAAGACGAGAAGAAAUCGGCUGAGAAGAAGGCAGACGGUGAGACGAAGAAAGAAGGAGGUUCUAUUUCUUCGUGA